CUGUUGUAUUUAUUGUUUAUGGUUUGCCGAUCAAAAUAAAGCAGUACCAACAUGUGUUCAGUGAAGUGUGAACUACUGUAGCUAUAGGUGCACACAGUGUAUUGUAUUCAGGAGCACAUCAUCGCAACUGCUACCGCGCCGACCACUGCGCUAAUUAAGAGCGCUGCUGCUAUACCCAACGUAUAUACUAAUUUACAUUUCGGGGUUAUAAUCAGACUUUAAGACCUUAUACUGAAGAUGUUCAGUUUACGUCAAGUUAAACUGAUCAGCGAGUGCGCCCGCUUUCAGCAGCAAGCUAUGUUUAUAGCUUCUCGCUGCGCCAUGGCAACCAGUGCAGCGCUGGAUAUAUCAGAUGAUGACAACAUUAUCAGUGAGGAAAUGGUAGUAAAAAAAUUCGAAGAUAUUCCUGGUCCAAGAGGGUUGCCCUUUAUCGGAUCUCUUCUGGAUUACACUAUAGGUCCUUAUCAGCUCGACAAAUUACAUCUAGCUGCAAUCGAACGGUUCCGAGAAUACGGUCCGAUAUUUAAGGAAACCAUCGGUGAAAAUACAUUCAUCAACAUCAUCGAAGCUUCCGAUGUCGAAACGCUCUUUCGCAGCUCCGGAAAAAAUCCUGCUCGUCCACCAAUGGCGCCUUUACAGUACAUAAGGGAGCUCCGAAAACGGAAUAUUGGAUUGGCCAGUCUGCAAGGUGAAGAGUGGGCCAGAGUACGAAAACCAGUUCAACAAGUUAUGCUGAAACCCAAAAAUGUACAGUCGUAUAUACCCAUAGUAGACGAAGUGACAACCGAAUUCACGGAAUCGAUAAAAAGGCUACGACGGGAAGAUGGCGAAGUGGAUAACUAUCAAAACGAAGUCUAUAAAUGGGCUUUAGAAUGUGUCGGUACACUGGCUCUGGGAACGAGGCUCGGGUGUAUGGAAAGGAACAUCCAGAGCGGUUCUGAUACUCAGAAAAUGAUAACAGCUACUCUGGGUUUCUUUGAUACAAUGCGGGAUCUGACAUUCUCCAUGCCUCUAUAUAAAUUUGGGAUAUACAACAAAACUUGGAAGCAGUUUGAAAAACACCACGAGACUUUUUACAAAAUAGCCGAAAAACAUAUAAAAAAAGCAUUGGACAAACUUAAACGGCUAUCAAGGGAAGGACGUCUGGAAGAAGAGAGCAAAGAGUGUUCACUUUUGUCUUAUUUAUUAUCCAAAAAGAGUCUUAGUUCAGAAGAGAUUGCCAUGGUACCCGUUGACAUCAUGCAAGGUGGCGUUGACACGACAUCACAUACAGCUAUUUUCAUCAUGUAUCAACUAGCCACAAAUCCCGAUGCACAGGAAAAACUUCACCAAGAGGUUGACAGCGUACUGGCGAACAGCCAAGAAAUGACGCUGGAAUCCCUGCAGAAUAUACCUUACUUGAAGGCGUGCGUCAAAGAGACACAUCGCAUGAUGCCGACCAUUGACGGUACAACGAGAAUUCCCGAUAAAGAUAUCGUGUUAUCUGGAUUUCACAUCCCAGCAAAGACUGUCGUUCGAACGCACUGCAUUGCGGGUCUUAUGCACGAAUACUUUGACGAACCUCACGUGUUUAAGCCAGAACGAUGGCUGAGGGUCUCCAGUGAAGAAAUCGACCACCAUCUACUGCUGCCAUACGGCGGUGGCACCCGGAUGUGCAUUGGACGUAGAUUCGCUGAGCAAGAACUACACAUCUUAAUAGCAAAGCUCAUCAAAAACUUCCGCAUCGAAUGGCACCAUGGUCCUAUGCAGCAACUCUUUAGACUUGCCAACGCGCCGGAUGUUCCCGCUCAGUUCAAAUUUGUUGACAGAGAACAGUAACCUGUUGUGUGGUUCCAACUACAUACUGUAAAUAAUAAACUGACGCAGGUAAAAUUGUGAGCAUUCCAGUUGAUUCUUGGACCCGUCGUCGACGCACAACUAUACUACCUCGAGACCGUGGACUUGUGUUGGGACAAUCAUGAGGCCGCGGACGUUCUUGUGGGGUGUAUAAUAUGAUGGUACUUGACUGGUCUUGCUAAUUACAUGUACCCUUAACGCCGUGUAUGUUAUUGUAUUUAUUAAACUGGAUGUGCAAAAAUCAGCUGAACCUCAUGUUUGGUUGGACUGUGUACCUGAGCAUGACGCCCGAUACGCACACGUAUUGGUAGCACAGCCAGCCAUUGAGCUCGCUCUAAAUGCCAAAUUAGACGGUAAUUUCCAUCAGGAAAAAAAUAUUUAAUAGUUUCUGUAUUAAUUUUCACCGUGAAUGUAUCGCUAUUUGUAUCUUUUGGAUACGAUAACGGGUAGAUACUUUGCACACUAUCUUAUCAAAGUGUAAGUGGGGGGGGGGGGUUUAGAAGGAGAGAGAUAAGUAUUUCGGUAUUCCAUCAUGUAAAUAGACGGUAAUGUGUACAUUUCAUGUGUUCAUGUCCGUAAGUUGGAACAAAAUAAAACCAACGUAUUAUGCUUGCCAUUUUGUAGAAGAGGGAAACAUUAAUAUUGUACAGUAUUACCACGAAGUUGAAUUUACACUAGUUUGAUAUUAUUUGUCUAUUUCCGUUUUCAGUUAUUUAGUAUAUGCUCCGUCAUCGGCACGUGUCUUCGAAGUGCUGAUAUCGAUAAUCAACUGUCUUUAAAUUUAUUCUCGACAUAUAUAUGUAAUAUAUAAAUAUAAAUAUCUACCAUAUAGCAACAAGAACAUUCAGUGUAAUAUGAUUUAAUAAUAAAUAUUUUAUUUUAUGACAU